UUAAGUAAAUUUUCGAUAAGAUAGGCAAUAGCAAAAACAAUACAAAAUGUCUAUUAUGUCCUACAAUGGGGGUGCGGUGGUGGCAAUGAAAGGGAAAAAUUGUGUUGCCAUUGCUUCCGAUCUCAGAUUUGGUAUUCAAGCACAAACUGUUGGAAUGGAUUUUGAGAAAAUUUUCCCAAUGAGUGAACGUUUAUACAUUGGGUUGACUGGGCUAGCUACUGAUGUUCAAACUGUUUCACAGCGCUUGCAGUUUCAGCUGAAACUGUACGAACUCAGAGAGAACCGUCAGAUCUCGCCGAAAACGUUUCUGAGCGUUGUCUCGAACUUGCUUUACGAGAAGAGAUUUGGUCCCUAUUUUAUUGAACCUGUGAUCGCUGGGUUGGAUCCAAAGACAAAAGAACCAUUCAUUGCAUCGUGUGAUCUCAUUGGGUGUCCAAUGGAACCUGAAGAUUUUGUGGUGACUGGCACAUGUGCUAUUCAGAUGUACGGCAUGUGUGAAGCUCUCUGGCGCCCUGAUAUGGAACCAGAUGAUCUGUUUGAGUGUGUCUCUCAAGCCCUGCUUAACUCUGUUGAUAGGGAUGCAGGUUCUGGUUGGGGGGCAGUGGUACACAUCAUUGAAGCAGACAAAGUUACGACCCGAAGGUUGAAAGCAAGAAUGGAUUAAAUGAACAUCUGUUUCAUGAUAAGAGAGAAUUUCGAAGUAGAAGAAAGUUCAGCAACAAAUCUGUUUUCGGAUUUUGACUCUGUUAUAAAAUGGUUAAAUGUUUUGAUGUCAUGUGCUUGUGUAAUGUGUCACAUAUUCAUUUUUUCUAGAUUAAAAUAUUUCCAAAUUGUUUCCAACGCUGUUGUGUAACAUGUUAUACAAUGCUAAAUUAUACAUGUGUAUCGCAUCACUCAACAUUAAAUCUUUUUGCAUACUUA